GCUUACACAACUCUUCCGGUACACGCAUGCAGCCGCGUAUCCAAUCCAUUAAAUGCGUCGUCGUCGGCCACGCGCGCACGCCGCACGGCACGGAGGCGAUCGAUGGAGAUGGCGAGCGGCGCUGCACGCAUGGUGUCAAAGCCAGUGGACGACGAUCUGAAGGCGGCGGCGGCGGCGCCGGAGCCGUGGCUGGGGAGGGAGAAGGCGGGGUGCAGCCGCGGGGCUUUGCUCGUCGGCGGCCUGCUCCUCGCGUGCUUCGUCCUCGGCCGAGAGAGCGCGUCGUCGAUGCCCUGGCUGCAGAUCGAUGUCGCCAAGGCCAAGCUGACAGACACGACCAAUGGAACAGCAGCUCCAGGGCUUACCACGGACGCUCCCCGUGGCCGCGACGAGCUGUUCGGCGGGCUACUCCCAGCCGGCAUGGACCGGCGGGCGUGCCGGAGCCGGUACGAGGCGUGGCGGUACUACAAGCACUUCCCGUACGCGGCGUCGGCGCACCUCCAGAGCAAGCUGCGCGCCUACGAGGCCCGGCACAGGCGGUGCGCGCCGGGCACGCCGCUCUACGCCAAGGCCGUCGAGCAGCUCCGGUCCGGCCGCAGCGCCGAGGGACUGGAGUGCACCUACGUGGUGUGGCUCCCCUUCGACGGCCUCGGCAACCGCAUGCUGUCCAUGGUGAGCGGCUUCCUCUACGCGCUGCUGACGGGCCGCGUCUUCCUCGCCGCCCUGCCUGCCGCGGGCUCGGGCGACCUCUUCUGCGAGCCGUUCCCGGGCACGACGUGGCGGCUCCCCGUGGAGGACUUCCCUGUGCCCGACCUGGUCCCGCGGGGGCAGAGCAUCGAGCGGUCGUACACGAGGCUCCUCGACGCCAAGGCCGUCGGGCCCGCCGCAAACGCGACGGCGUUGGGCGUGCCUCCGUACGUGUACCUCAGCCUGGGGUGGCAGCUCAAGGACCCGCUCUUCUUCUGCGGCGAGCACCAGCAAGUGCUCCGCGACGUCAACUGGCUGCUGCUGUACAGCGACCUCUAUUUCGCGCCAUCGCUGUACGGGGUGGCGGAGUUCCAGGACGAGCUGCGCCGGCUGUUCCCCUCCAAGGAAAGCGUGAGCCACCUCCUGUCCCGGUACCUCCUCCACCCGACCAACCCCGUGUGGAGGCUGGCCACCACGUACUACCGCUCGUACCUGGCUCCGGCGAAGCGGAGGAUCGGCGUGCAGAUCAGGAUGUUCGGCUUCGGCUCCAUCCCCGUCGACGACAUGUACAGCCAGAUCCUCGCGUGCUCGCGGCAGGAGCACGUACUGCCAGAGACCGACGACGACGCUACUGGUGGCAACGAGGCGGCGGCGGCGGCGAGCAGCGAGGAUGGCUCCAACUCCACGGCCAUCCUGGUGGCAUCUCUGUACGCCGACUACUACGAGCGGCUGAGGAGGAGGUACUACGAGCACCCGGCGAAGGGCGGCGAGAGGGUGGCCGUGUUCCAGCCGUCGCACGAGGAGCGGCAGGCGACGGACAACAUGGCGCACAACCAGAGAGCGCUUGCGGAGAUCUACCUGCUCAGCUUCUGUGAGGAGCUCCUCACGUCCGGGAGGUCCACGUUCGGGUACGUGAGCAGCAGCCUCGCCGGCGUCCGGCCGACGAUCCUGCUCACAGCGGACGGCCACAAGGUUCCGGAGCCGCCGUGCCGGCGGGCCGUGUCCAUGGAGCCGUGCAACCUCACGCCGCCCCUGCGUGUGCACUGCCAGGGCAAGCCCGUGGACAAGGAGGACUUGGCACGCCACCUCAGAGUCUGCGAGGAUUCCAAGGUCUCCGUCAAGCUUUUUGACUAACGAACCCGCGACUAGCUUGAUAUAGGCACAACUUAUUUUAUAGCUCCGUAGAUUUAAGUAGAAGUUGUACCACAACAACUUAUCAAUUCAGUUAUUUCUUAUAAUAAUAAACUAAAAGCACGUAAUAAUCAAAAGUUGUACUUCACUAUCUUUUCACAUAAGUUGUUUUUGCAACAAGCAAAAAUUAUGCUAAACAUGGUCAUUGGAUGUUUGUAAAGGCGCAUGCUAUGAGAUGGAUUAGCUUAUUCGUUGA